AUGGACAGCUUUGACAACAUAUCGAUAAAGAUUACUAAAAGGAUAGACGACUCAAAUGUUCAUAGCGUUAGGCUAUUAAUGAUGAAAAAGCCCGAAACCAAUGUCACAAUUCUGGAUGCAUUAAACGCCACGUCUCGCAAACACCCGGAAUAUUCUUUCACUGGAAAACACUUCAAUAGUUUAGGCUUUUAUAUACAAUCCAUCGGACAGUUAUAUGAGAACCGGAAUCUAAGCAAAUACUGGUUUGUCUAUGAAUCAGAUGGAAAGGGCGAACACAGACCCACAAAUGGUUAG